AUGUUGGGAAUUCUCUCCGUGAUCGCUUCGGCUCCACUGGUCGUUCUCGUCUGUGGAAAGGUUUAUUCUAUUCGGGAAAAUGCGUUUUCAGAAUCAUUUUCAGAAGAAAAACAGAGGCCAGAAGCUGGAACAGUCGGAAACGAGUGCGAAGAACGACGAGCCGACGGCGGAGAGUGUCUCCAAGACGUCCGGUUCUAAGACGAUCGGAGCUCUGGUUCCCACGGCAACUGUUCCUGCUCCUGCUAACGGACCGCCCAUGGCCGGUCUGAGCACUUUUUUUUAAAUGUAGCAACGAUAUCUCUCAUUUCAGCCACUCACGAUCCAAACUACCAAACACUCGCCGGCAUCAACAACCACGUGUUCGAUAAGAACGACGGCGGAGCAGGGCCGCGACCGCCGAACAAUGCGAAUCCGGGAAUGGUGGCCACGCAGGAUCCGAACUACCAGACCCUCGCGGGCCUCAACAACAAUGUGUUCGAGAAGAAGGAGCCGGAAACGAAGGCGGCCACUCACGAUCCGAACUAUCAGACACUCGCGGGCCUUAACAACAGCGUUUUCGACAAGAAGGACGGGGGGAAGAAGCCUGUGCAGCCGGCCGAUAAGAACCAGAAGGCGGCGACGAUGGACCCGAACUAUCAGACGUUGGCGGCCGUCGGAGCUGAUGUGUUUGGCGCGGACAAGAAGACGAAUUGA